GCUCGUUGGGCUCGUUCACAGGCUCGUUUGGCUCACAGUUUGGCUCGUUGAUACUGUUGAUACUGACACGCUUCCUUAAUCGGAAUCAACAAUAUAUUCAAACUUCAAUUAUUAUUGUUCAUUGAAUAGGUAUAGGUACUUAGUUGUUCUGAAAUACCUACUAACUUUGUUGUAUACGUUAAUUCUUUGUUCGUAUGCAUUCAGUUUCAUUUAGUAUCAUAAAAUUAAUAGUGUGAUUUUUAAAUUAUUGUUCGAAAAACACACUGCCAUGGUAUCGCCAACAAAUUGGCUAAAGCGGGUAAGCGAGAGCGGGCGGCUCAUCCCGUUCUUCAAGUCGGUGUGCAUCUACUUCAUCGUGGGGUGCGGCGCCGCGCCGUCCGUGUGGCUGGCGGCGUUCAAGUGCGCGCCCGUCGUGUGCCUCGUGCUGUGCGUGGCGCUGCAGGCGCGCGACCGCUCGCCGCGCGCCGCGUACGCGCGCCGCAUCGCCGCCGGGCUGGCGCUGUCGGCGGCCGGCGACGCGUGCCUCGUGUGGCCGCAGCACUUCGUGGCCGGCAUGGGCGCGUUCGCGGCGGCGCACGUGGCGUACAUCAGCGCGUUCGGGCUGCGGCCGCGGCGCUCGCUGGGCGGCGCGGCGCUGUACGGCGCGGCGGCGCUGUUCGUGCGCGCGCUGUCGCCGCCGGCCGCGCUGCGCCGCCUGGUGCCGCUGUACGCGCUGCUGCUGGCCACCAUGGCGUGGCGCGGCGCCGCGCGGCCCGGCCAGCAGCGCGCCGGCGCCCUGCUCUUCCUCUUCUCCGACGCCAUCCUCGCCUACAACCUGUUCGGCGGCGAGGUGCCCUACAACCAGAUUAUGGUGAUGUCGACGUAUUACUUGGCCCAAAUGUGCAUCGCAGUGAGCGCCCUGCGGCCGGCGCCGCCGCGUGGCGAGGCAGCUCUAGCCGAGCCGAACGUCAUCGCAGCCAAUUAAUGAGCCACCGCGUUUCUUGUAAGAGCGCCGCCAAUGAUGUCUUCCCACCGGACCGGCUCGCUAAUGUUUACUUUGUCUCAUUUAGGUAUGCGACACGCACGUGUAUUAUUUUAUAUGUUACUUAGACGUUAGAUCAAUGUGGCAAAACUUCUUAUUACUAUUACUUAUUGUAACAUUUCUAUUUACACUAGUAGUGCCAAAGCAACAUUUAUGAUAGAACUAUUUAGUUCUCCGUUAGUUAAAUUUAAUUUUAUUAAGUCCAUAAUCCAUUCAUAUACGUAAAGUCUUUGAAAUCGUGUAUUACUACUGGAGACAAUUUUGUAUUGAACUACAAAAACUACAUCGAGAUGCUGAUGUUCAGCCGUUUUAUACCAUGUUUAUUGUUGGUUUAAAUUACAUUAACUAUGUACUAAUAAGUUUAUUGUUUAAGUAAUCGAAGUGAUUGUUUUCUUCCUGUGCGAAGUGCAUGAAUUUACCAUAUGAAUACCUAGUGAGAUCGGAUAAUAUUUUCUGUGAUACUGCAUCGGCUUAUUCGAGAGAACUGUCCGAGUUCAAAGAACAAAUUAACUAUUGGUGACCAGCUGCUGUCGUUACUCGACAUCGUAUUCUUGGCAUUCCAUACCAGUUCUUUUCUAAAAGUGAAAACUGGUAAACAUAAUCAUUAUGUGUGGCCACGAAAUACGAGUAAUAUUGUACUAUUUUCCAAAGUAGAAAGGGAAGUAGAAUGGAAGUAGGUAUCACUUACAUAUUUAUACAUUUGUUAUUUUCUAAUCAAGUAUGAAUUAGAAGUUUGUUCAGCUUCUAGUAGUAUCUCCAUGUAUCUCAUUAUCUGUGUGCAAUGUACUAGUUGCCAUAAUAUAGCCAACUAACACACAUUAGUGAAUCGAUAAGCCCUUGGUUUAGGUAACUACUGUAGUCUUCCUAGUUUUCCUAGUAUGUAAGUGGAUUUCUUCUGAACACAGUUUUUCACGUAAAGAUGAACGCACAGUUAAACUUCAGACCAAUUGAAGUGUUCGGUACCUAGUUCUAGUUUAUAAGACUGAGUAAUAUAAUAUUAUAUUCUACUUAUAUAUUUAUAUAUGAUAUUAUUGUAAUUUACGGAAAUGUUUUUCGUUACAUUCCACUGAUCUAAUUGAAAUUUUAAAAAUGAGAAUCUCAAAGUAUCCAUUCGUUCAUUCUAAGGCAAAGAUUUUAUAAUAUCUCAGCUACUUAUUUUAUACAGAAUAUUUUAACUGUACAGUUAUAUUAAUUUGGAAUUAUAAAUAAUAAGUUGUACUUGUAUCUUGUACAAUAAGAUGGAAUUGCGUUUCUGGGAUAUAAUAUAAAAUACUUUUAUUACGUAAUCAUAUAGUUACUUAGAUAGAAUCGGAAGUAUUUUAUAUUUUCGACUUUUGUGUAUGAAUUUUACAAGUACAUAUAUAUAUAACUUGCGGAUCUUGUUAUCUUCCGGUGACAUACCUAUUAGGUACAUGUACAUUUUAACGUAACAAAAUUUUAAUGUGGCUAACUCUUAGAUCAAUAAGUGAUCUAAGGGCUAACUAGCUGACUCCUACAUUUUUGUUUAGGAAUUUAAAAUAAAAGAUGAUAAUUCUAGAAUAUUAAAACAUUUAACACGCGCUGCGAACUUUUAAAACACAACACAAAAGAGGGUAGAAACACAAUUAAGUGUAACUAUAACCACUCUCACUAUAGGUUACAAUAUAACGCUCCAACCAUCGUCAGAUCUUUUUUGUACCUAUGCGAUGGACACAUACAAGAAGCUUAUAUCUAAUGACACAUAUUAUAAAUAUAUUGUCUAUGGUACAUGAUCUGUAUUCCGCAGAGUUUAUAAGCUUCAUAAAUAUUAUGUAAGUAAUAUUAAUUAGUCAUUAGAUAUAAUAUAUAUACUGCACUGAAUCUCUGCACUUAACAAUACAUUGAUCUACUUAUAUUUAGUAACUUGUAGAGUAAGAGCCAGGUAAGUAAUACAUAUCUUAUUGACAAGGUAAUCGAUUUUAUGUAUUUUGUGAUAAUAUUAUUUACUAUGAUAACUAACACUUGACUAUCGUAAACGGUUAUUUCAGUUUUGUCAGACUAUUCAUUACAGUUACGUGAUAUGGAAAUCUUUUUGGUUACAGUGGCUCUUAUUAGAAGAUCAUCUUUAGUUAAAAACAAAUUAUGCAAACGCUUAAAAAAGAUUAAAGGGAACUAAUAUUCCCCUAGAUUUUGGUGUCUGUUCGUCUUCCCAGCAUUUGCCAUUUAUAAAUGCUGUAAUUUGUAAUGUUCCACGGUUAUUUUUAGUCUCGUAACAUGUGUGUGUAUGUAUGAGAUCCUUAUUUUGGGAUAAAUUAUUUUGUAUUGUACCUACUACUUUCAAAAUUUUUAGUUUCCUCAUUUCCCAUUUCCUUAUAACUUACAAAUUUUGUUAAGAGAUAAAUUACAUUUGAAAUACAAUCAUACAACUUGUAAAUGUAUCCAAGAACAUUAUUUUCAGCAUAAGCACUUGACGUAGCCACAUAUAUAAUUUCAUAGCACGUGACACACUUACCGGUGGCAGUGUCUUACAGCGCAUUUACACGUUCGUGUUUCCAUUCGCCUCGUCACACAUGAACAUUCGUGUACAAACACAAAUGUCGUCGCCACAAUGCGGUAUCUUUGUAGAAAAUCAUCGUUUUAUUGUAGAAAAUAUUAUUUUUAAGUAUUUACGUACCUACUAGUAUGUACCUACUAUUUAAUAUUUUAAUGUUAUCCUAUUAGAUGUUUUGGGUUUUAUAUCGAUGUUAUUAUGUACAAUAUAAAAUAAUAAAUAUA